UAUCUCCUGAGACCUCAGCCACUCUAAAACCCUCUCUCUCUCUCUCUCUCUCUCUCUCAUGGCGUCCGCAACAGCUCCAGUCUUCAAGCCCUUAUCGAUAAGAGGCUCAGGUCUCCAUUCUCUUCCUCAGCUCGAAAUUCUUUACUCGCAUCUCUCCAUCCCGCAGAAGCCCAUCAAGCUCCGUCAUUUCUGCUCCCACUCCGUUCAUGUCCUCCACCCUCUGAAGAAGAAGACCCGCCAUUCCUCUCUGGUUGCAUUUGUCGCCGACGCCUCGGACUGGGCGCCGCAGGAAGGUGACAGCACGACCACCACGACCUUGGAGCAGGAGGAACAGGAAGGCGAGCAGCAAUGGGGAGCUCAAGAAGCCGAGGCCCGGGUAUCGGACUGGGAAGGAGAAGGAGAUGGCGGCGUCGAAGGCGGCGUUUUUGAAUCCGAGGAAGAGCCUCCCGUUGCCGAGCCCCCGGAAGAGGCGAAGCUUUUUGUCGGGAACUUGUCUUAUGAUGUCGAUAGCGAGAAGCUGGCUAUGCUCUUUGAGCAGGCUGGUGUUGUCGAAAUUGCUGAGGUGAUUUACAAUAGGGACACUGAUCAGAGUCGCGGGUUUGGAUUCGUGACAAUGAGCACCGUGGAGGAGGCGGAGAAGGCUGUUGAGAAGUUCCACCAAUACGAUUUGGAUGGAAGGCUUCUGACUGUCAACAAGGCCGCCCCUAGGGGAGCUCGUCCUGAACGGACCCCCCGAGCAUUUGAGCCUUCUUUCAGAAUUUACGUUGGGAACCUCCCAUGGGAUGUGGACAAUGCUCGGUUGGAACAGGUCUUCAGUGAGCAUGGGAAAGUGGUCAAUGCCCGGGUAGUCUUCGAUAGAGAGACGGGCCGCUCACGUGGUUUCGGCUUCGUAACAAUGGCAUCUGAAACUGAGAUGAAUGAUGCCAUUGCUGCCCUUGAUGGACAGAGUUUGGAUGGAAGAGCAAUCAGGGUGAAUGCUGCGGAGGAAAGACCGAGGCGCAGCUUUUGAAUCAAAUGGUUCUGAAUCUUAGAAUGGCAAUGGCAAGCUUCUAUUGGCACUUUGUGAAAUUUUUCUCUUGUUCUCUUUUAAUUUGAGUCAAAUCUAAAGCUAAUUUCAUUAGCAUCACAUAUCGCAUAGAGCAUUUUUGCCUAUUGAAUACUCUCGUCAAGAUAUUGUCACCUACUGCAAUGGUAACAUUUGUAAACCAUGCUUUGAGAGCUCAAAGGUCGUGAAUGUUCUUAA